CCGCUGCACCUGACGGCCCACCAGGAAGUGUGGCGGACAAAUCCUCGGCCGUUAAUCCCCGCUCGGCUCGGUAACCGGAGACAGCGGGCCGGACCGUGCACACUGACCGUCCGCACCGGCUCCGGGCUCCGUCCUUCCCCGCCUGCAGCUGCUGCAGAGCCCGCUGCUGCUGAGCUGAGGCUCCGUGAGGCUCCGGGAGCUCCGGGCUCGUCCAUCCUGACUGACAUGGGAUGCUGCGGGAGCGCGGAGAGGACAAAGAGAGAGUGGAGACCGCUGGAGGACCGGAGCUGCACAGACCUGCCCUGGUUCCUGCUCUUCACUGUCUUCUGCGUCGGCAUGGGCAGCAUCUGCGGCUUCACCAUCGUCACCGGCGGCGCCGCUCGCCUCGUCUUCGGAUACGACAGCUACGGCAACACCUGCGGCCGCCGCAACGAGCAGAUCGAUGGCGUCCGGCUGAGCGGCCUCGACCACACGGACCGCAAGUUCGUGUUCUUCUUGGAUCCGUGUAACAUCGACAUCGUCCAGAGGAAGAUCAAAUCUCUGGCUCUGUGUGUGUCUCUGUGUCCUCCUGAGCAGCUCAACACACACCAGGACCUGAAGAGGUUCGCCAUGCUCAACGGUUCUGAACUGUGUUCCUACGAGUUAGCGGCUCAUAAAUAUCCGGCUCUACCGGAGCGGUUCUCCAAAUGUCCUAAACUUCCUGUUCCUCCCAGUAAGCCGCUGCCGGUGUUUAACCGCUGCACGCCGCUCGACAUUUCCUGUUACGCCAAGUUUGCCGAAGCCGUGGUGACGUUCGUCAGCGACAACAGCGUCCUGCACCGCCUCAUCGCCGGGGUCGCCGCCAGCAAGGAGAUCAUCAUCGGGCUGUGUGUGCUCGCCCUGGUGCUGUCCAUGACCCUGAUGGCCGUCAUUCGCUACAUCUCAGCCGUCCUCGUCUGGAUCCUCACCUCAUUGGUCGUCCUCGGAUCUCUGGCUGGGACCAGCGUGCUGUGGUGGCUCUACAUCGAUUACCGUCUCUAUGGAAACGGCACCAGCGUAACCAAGGAGGUGAAGGAAGAGGCGGAGCCACAAAGAGACAACGGCCAGGCGCUGCUCGUCUACGCCAUCGCUGCCACCGUCUUCACCAUCAUCCUGCUGCUGCUGAUGCUCUUCAUGAGGAAGCGCGUCGCUCUGACCAUCGCUUUGUUCCACGUGGCGGGAAAAGUCUUCAUCCACCUGCCGCUGCUCACGCUGCAGCCCUUCGUCACGUUCCUCGCUCUGCUGCUGUUCUGGAUCUACUGGAUCCUGGUUCUGCUGUUCCUGGGAACCACAGGGAACCCAGUGCAGAACGAGGAGACGGGUCUGACGGAGUUCCGGCUCACGGGGCCUCUACAGUACCUGACCUGGUACCACGCGGUGGGUCUGGUCUGGAUCAGUGAGUUCAUCCUGGCCUGCCAGCAGAUGACUGUCGCUGGAGCCGUGGUCACCUACUACUUCACCAGGGACAAGAACCGGCUCCCGGUGACCCCCAUCCUGUCCUCGGUGCUGAGGCUGCUCCGGUACCACCUGGGCACCGUCGCUAAGGGCUCCUUCAUCAUCACGCUGGUGAAGAUCCCCCGACUCGUCCUCAUGUACAUCCACAACCAGCUCAAAGGAAAGGAGAACGCGUGCGCUCGCUGUCUGCUGAAAACCUGCAUCUGCUGCCUGUGGUGUCUGGAGAAGUGCCUCAACUAUCUCAAUCAGAACGCUUACGCAGCGACGGCGAUCAACAGCACCAGUUUCUGUACGUCGGCCCGCGACGCCUUCGUCAUCCUGGUGGAGAACGCUCUGCGGGUCGCCACCAUCAACGCCGUCGGAGACUUCGUGCUCUUCCUGGGGAAGAUCCUGAUCGUCACAUCGACAGCGUUCGCCGGCGUUCUCCUCCUGAACUACCAGCGGGAUUACGCGGAGUGGCUGCUGCCGCUCAUCAUCGUCUGUCUGUUCGCCUUCCUGGUGGCUCACUGCUUCCUGUCCAUCUUCGAGAUCGUGGUCGACGUUCUCUUCCUCUGCUUCGCCAUCGACACGAAAUACAACGACGGCACGCCAGGGAAGGAGUUCUUCAUGGACAAAGCUCUGAUGGAGUUCGUGGAGAGCAGCCGGCGGUUGGAGCGAGCGGUGGAGCGCGGGCGGAGCCGGGUGAAGGAGGCGGUGUCGGAGGGGGCGGAGAUGAAGCCCAUGGCUCCGGGGACGAGUUCAGCUUGACGUUGAUGAGGCGUUGAGGAGCGGCUGGGACUUGUUAAACACAGAGAGACAUUCCAAAUGUUUAUUUUUACCAACGUGUAACAUGUUUACUAUGGUUUCACUCCAGGGAAAACGAUAUUUUAAUAAGAACUGUAAAAACGUAACCAUGUAAUGAAGCACUUUAUAUUGAAGCGCUGCAGAUUUUAAACCGGCUGAUGCAUUUUUUCGUAGUGAUGUCGUUUUUUAUAAAACUAACACGUCUGCAGUCCCUGAACGCAUCGUCUGUCUGCGGCCCCUGAACGCAUCGUCUGUCUACUGCCCCUGAACGCAUCGUCUGUCUGCGGCCCCUGAACGCAUCGUCUGUCUGCGGCCCCUGAACGCAUCGUCUGUCUGCGGCCCCUGAACGCAUCGUCUGUCUGCGGCCCCUGAACGCAUCGUCUGUCUGCGGCCCCUGAACGCAUCGUCUGUCUGCGGCCCAUGAACGCAUCGUGUCGCUCACGCAGCUUCUUCACGCCGACAGCCAAUCACAGGCUCCCCACCUGGACGCCAUGUUGGAUCGGGAACGCUGUGAUGUCAUCAAGGGGAGGGGCGGCUACAGAGCUCCACGUCUGAUUGGUCGACAGAUGUUCGUGAGAGACUGACAACUGAUUGGUCGCUGGUAUCAAAACACCUUGAGACCUGUAAAGAAUCAACAUGUUGGAUCGGGAAUGCUGUGAUGUCAUCGUGAGGGCGGAGCUUCCUGUCCCCACCACACGGGAGGAGGAGGGUCACAUGACUGCACAUUAUCACACGGUUCCAACAGGAAGUGAACUGAUUAUUGAUUAUUGAUCGUGGCUUCUUCUUUAUGUCCGAUCUUUCCUGUGUUUAAACUACACUACCCAUGAGCCUCGGCUGCUGCUGCUGUGAAAAGACACGAGUUGCCGUGGUUACCGAGGUCACUCAGAUUGACCCAGAAAUCCAGUUUAAGCUCUGUGAUUGGCUGUUUCUUGCUGUAAUGCACCCUGGGAGUCGUAGUUUACUAAAGAAGAAUAUUUUUAUUAAUACUUCCUGUUUAAAGCUCGACUAACCUGUCACAUGGUGAUGACGUCAUCACUUAAAAACCUUCAGUCAUGUGACCCUCGGCUCAAACAGCCAAUCACAGCCCACAGGCGGGAGAAGAGGGGGCGGGGCUUCCUGCGGAGGUCAGCAAUAAAACAAACUGCAUCAUGUGACCACGUCAUCGUCGUCAAUGACAACGAGUCUUCCUGCUUCAUCUUCCUCCACGCAAAGUUCAACUUCCUGUUCUGGAGCUUUCAGCAGGAAGUGAACCUUUGAGCUGGCAGUGAAACGUCCUGCAGCCUGAACGCACCAUG